GUGUAUCGUCAUCUCCCCAUUCCGAUCUGAAUUCAAAUGGAGCCAAAAUCAAACCAAACCCUAGUUUAGAAAAAGAAAAAGGGAACCCGGAGAGCUCCUCAUUCAUUCUUCUCCAAUGGCCGAGAGGGGGGAAGCUGUUCUUCCACCACCACCUCCUCCUCCUCCUCCUCCUCCGAAGGUGGAGGAGAGCGGGGGGGUUGAAGGAAGCGACGAUCACCAUCAACAUCAUCAACAACAUCAAUACCAUUUCCAGCAUCAGGAUCCGUCAACUUCAGCUUCAGCUUCAGCUUCGACAUCGGGACCAGUGGCGAAGAGAGCUCGAAGGGAUAGAGUUUGUACGGCGAAGGAAAGGAUCAGCAGGAUGCCCCCUUGCGCCGCUGGAAAGAGGAGUUCCAUCUACAGAGGAGUCACCAGGCACAGAUGGACGGGAAGGUAUGAAGCUCACCUUUGGGAUAAAAGUACAUGGAACCAAAACCAAAAUAAGAAAGGAAAACAAGUAUACUUAGGUGCAUAUGAUGAUGAGGAGGCUGCUGCUAGAGCAUAUGAUCUUGCUGCUCUGAAAUAUUGGGGCGCAGGAACUCUCAUUAAUUUUCCUGUCAGCGAUUACACCAGAGACCUUGAAGAGAUGCAAAUGAUUUCAAAGGAGGAUUAUCUUGUGUCUCUUAGAAGAAAAAGCAGUGCUUUUUCAAGAGGUUUUCCUAAAUGCCGUGGAGUUGCUAGACAAUCUCAAGGCACCCGAUGGGAGACAUCUUUUGGUCAGAUGCCUGGGUGUACAGAUGCACCCGCUGGAGGGAAAUAUGGUAGUGUAGGUAGCUUCGGAAUGGAAAGAAAGAUUGAUCUAACAAAUUACAUUAGGUGGUGGCAGCCCAAUAAAUCCCGUCAAUUAGAAUCCGAGGAAGAUAUUGGAAAAGACCUCCGAGCUUUGGGAUGCUCACCUAUUCAGAAAACUGAGCCAUAUCAGCUUCCAUCUCUUGGUCUUCCUAACAAAGGCAAGGCUCAUGCUACACCAAGUUUAUCUGCGUGCGGUAUUCUAUCUAAAUCUGUGGCCUUCAAGAAUUUCGUUGACAAGUCAUCCGAAAUUGAGACUAGUACUUGUCGUAAUAAUGAGAUGGACCGUGGAAAGUCUGCGGUUCCUCUAUUGUUUGCUGGCGGUAGUGAGCUUGAUGUUGAUAGAUCAGCUGGAGUUACUUCAGGUCUAUGUGACACUACUGUCCAAAGAACUCCAUAUACAUUCUCUCCUAUUUUCUCUGAACCCUUGAGUACUAGUUGGAAUCCAGUGGAUCCUGUAUCUGACCCUGUUUUAUGGAGUACCCUCGUUCCACCAACUAGCCAAUCUAUCACUGCGACAAUGAAAAAGAAAGACAUAGAUGGUGCAUAUUCUUACCAGUGCCAAGGAUAAAACAGGGAAGGUUUUAAUAGCUACAGCGGCAUUGUUCUUUUUAACGUUGAUCGCCCUCUUAGCGUGUUUUGGUUUGGGAACAGCCGUGAAUUUUGUGGAUUUAUAAAGCUUUCGUUGAUUGUAAAGGGAAAAGGAAGAAUCAGUUACUUUAAGUUUUGGGAUGUAUAUUACUGUUC